AAGACCCGUAAAAGUUCUGGGCAACAUCUGUUUCCCGAAAAGGAAAUCGAAAAAGCAACAAAAACCAGGCACACCGCCGAGCUAAAAAAAUAAACAAAAGAAAACCAAACUAGUUCCUCCACGAGCUUUGGUUACUAACCGGUUUCGGCUUUUGUACACCCGUUUUGUUUUUUUCCUACAUAAUACAAAAUUAUUAAAUGUUUGCAUCUGUUACAUGUGCCAAAAAUCGUUUGAUUAUACAAUCCAGUUUUUGUCUUAUUUUUUUCUGAAUUGUUUUCGCCGAAACAUUUUGAAUAUUGAUAGAAGCAAUUAGCGCCGUCGGACAAAAGGGGAGGCCCCCUGUGGCCAUUGAAAAGUGAGAGUUGAUCGGCCGAUUGGAAAUGCUGAGAUACAUCCAACAUCCAACAGUUCAUCGUGAAGCGGCCUAGCUAGCGGACGUGUCCAGCUGCGAUUCCCAAACGAAAGCCAAUCGAAGAGUUCGAAAUGAAUCUGUCUAUUCCGGUGCUAAUUGUGGCCCUCAUCUGUUUGGGGACCGUUUCGGCGUUUCCCCAACUAAGGCAGCGCAACGAAAAGCAGGUCCAGACCGGCGAGGGUGAUUUGCCUUCCAAGGGCGCCACAAUCGAGGAAGUGGUUGUGGAAUCUGCCUUGUACAUCAAACCCAAGUCCAAUCCGCAAGUGCGUCGCGUACGGUCCGUUUCGUUAGGAUCAGCAACCACCCACAAGCGGGUUAAGCGCCAGUUUGGUGGUCGGCAAUUCGGUGGUCAGUAUGCCGGAAAUCCCGGAUUCGGAGGCCAAUUCGGUGGAAGUCCCGGCUUUGGAGGUGGAUUCGGUGGUAAUCAAGGAUUCGGUGGAAAUCCAGGAUUCGGUGGCAAUCAAGGAUUUGGUGGUAAUCCAGGAUUCGGUGGCAACCAAGGAGGAAGUGUACAGUCCGAAACAGAAGCCGGAGCUGGAGGAACCAAGGCGGGCGUGGAUGUUGGAGCUGGACCGAAUGGUGGCAACGCCAAUGCCAAUGUCCAGUUGAAUCCGCUGGGACCUCUGGGACCAAGUGGCUACAACCAGGAGCAGGCAGCCUCGAAUGGAGCUGCCCACAGUAACUACAACAAUGGACCCAACUCAGGCUCCUCGGCGGCCAUUGGACAAGCGCAGGGCUUCCAGUCGCAGAGUGCAAAUGGAUCCUUCGGUGCCUCCUCCGCCAGCACAGCUACUCAGUCCCAGAACUCCAGUCCCUUCGGAUUGAAUAACGCUGCAGGAGCCUCGCUGAGUCAGGUGUACCAUCUCCCCAAUGGACAAACUAUCAACUUCAGUUCCACCAACAGCUUCGCCAACGGAGGAAACAACCAUGGCAACAGCCACGGAUCUGCGGUGUCCGUAAGCCGUUAAUGCAAAUUGCAUCCUACAGGGUAAUUACCUCCAAGUAAAUUGGUCAGCAAUCCUACUAUAUGUGCAAAAGUCGAAAAAAUACUAAUAAAUAUUUAUGAUUGAAUCGAA